CGAAAACUGGUUGACGCACUCCAAGCAAAAUCAUUUACUGUCCAUGUACCAGCUUUGCCAUCAAACAAUGGUGCUCGACCGCCUAAUUCAUCACACAAUGCUGAUGUGGCAGCUGUACGCGAAAUAGUUAAGUCUCUUGUUAACGAUGGCAAAGAGGUCAUUCUGUUCAUGCAUUCGUACGGAGGUGUUGUAGGAACGAAUGCUGUCGAGGGUCUCACUCGCAAGGAUCGUGAAGCUAAGGGCGUUUCCGGUGGCGUUGUUUAUCUGUUCUACUUAUCGGCUUACCUUUUAGCCAAGGGCCAGAGCAUUUGGACCCUCAUCGAGGACCUAGGUGUCUCAUUGGAGAGCAUCCCAGAAAUUACUUUGGAAAAAGACGGCACCUGGUUUCUUAACGAUCCCGUUCAGGCUUUAUGUCAUGAUGUAAGCCUUGAGGAUCAGGAGGAUCAGAAACGACUAUCUACGCACCACAACUUGGACGCUAUUAAAGGGAAAACAAUGUAUGAAGCAUGGAAAGACAUCCCGAGCACAUAUAUCUUCACUACGUAGGAUCGUUGUGUGCCGUCUAUUCUUCAAGAUUUGUGCUUUGCAAAUACGAAGGAGGCACAGGUCGCUAUUAAGAAAGUAGUAUUGGAUUGUGCGCAUGCGGCAUACGUGAACUAUCCAGAGGAACUAGCCAACCUAGUAGCUAAAGCAUCUCGUCCUACAGGCUUGUGAAACUCAUUGUUAACAGCUUAUCUCGAAUCUUCACAGAAGAGUGUUGCUCAGUUACUAUUAAGGUAGUAU